AUGGCACCACGCCCCUCCAUCACCGGCUUCGACCCCAAGAAUGAGCAAUGGCGAUACACCGGACCCUUCACCCGCUUCAACCGCUUCAAGGGCUCCUUCCCCGGCCUCGGCAUAGCCACCGUUGCAUUCGCUGGAUACCUCGUUGCCGAGCAACUGUUCUUCGAGGAUAAGGGCCACCACGAGGAGGGACACUAA